AAGAAUUGUCUUACACAGGAAUCAGAAAGGAGUGUGUGUGUGUGUGUGUGUGUGUGUGUUUAAGUAAUACAUUGAAGAGCGUUUCCCACACGGAAAAAAUGCGAAUGUCAUAAAGUUUGAGAAGUUUACAUAAUUCCAGAUACCAGGAGAAAAUUAAAGGGUAAAGGGAUUCCAUCUUGAUCCAGAGGUGUUCCUGUUCCGACGUCAGCUUUCUGAUGGGAGCUGGUUAUUUUCCGACCCUUAAAUUCAAUCCCUCGGCACAAGGUCAUCUUCACGACGCGGAACUGUCGUUCCACCGCCGCCCGGAAAACUAAGAGCCAUGGCGACGAACUCGGUGACUGGAGGCGGAGAGGAACACCUGGGGAACGAUGCUAAAACGCCGAUAAACACACCUGGAGAUAAGGGGGAAAGCAAUGAAGAGAAGGCAGGAACCAACCUGGUGGCUAGCAAACAGGUCACGCUGGGCAAACACUGGAACGAAAGAAUGCUCGAGUUCAAAGAAUUUCUAUGGAACCCUGCCAGGAAAGAAUUCUUGGGAAGAACAUUCAAGAGUUGGACUCUUAUUCUAGUGUUUUAUGUCUGUUUAUAUUCCUUCCUGGCUGGGAUGUUUGCUCUCUGCUUGUAUGGGAUGCUAUCAACAUUGAGUCCAUAUACGCCAAGAUAUCGUGACCGUAUCAACAAUCCAGGGGUGAUGAUACGACCGGAUGUUGGUGCAUUUUCAAUCGCGUUCAACCCAGCAGAUGAGAGCACGUGGUCGCAGUACGUGCAAAACUUGCACCAGUUCCUUGCACCUUAUAAUGAUAGUAUCCAGGCAAUUAACAACAUUCCAUGUACCCCUGGGGGAUACUUCAUGCAAAACGGCAAUGAAAGUGAAGUAAGACGGGCUUGUCAAUUUAAUCGAACUAUGCUGGAAAACUGUUCUGGAAUUGAAGAUGCGACUUUUGGAUACUCCAGUGGAAAGCCCUGCAUUCUUCUAAAGAUGAACAAGAUCAUUGGAUACUUGCCUGGCAAAGGAACCAAACCCUAUGUGAGUUGUGAAAUGAUGAAAGGAAACAACAAUGUUACAAUUCACUUCCAUCCACGUGAGGGAACCUUUGAUCUUAUGUACUUUCCUUAUUACGGCAAACUGACACAUGUAAAUUACUCAACCCCUCUGGUGGCAAUGCAAUAUGAACUGAUGGAGAAAAACUCUAAAGUCAGAAUUCAAUGCAAGGUAAAUGGGCGUGGCAUCAAAAACAACAUCGUUCAAGACAGAUAUUCUGGCAGAAUUUUUUUCACCCUCAACGUCAAGGAAUAACAUGAGAUGUGGGCUUGUAUGAAAGAUACAGAGAAUGGUUCUGUGCCGAUGACUUGGUUUCUUAGCCAAGUAUCUGGAAGACGUGUUGAUAGCAUAACCAUUCUAUUGCUAAGGUACAGAAACUUAAUAGACUGAUCCCAACCCCCUGAAUUUAUUGGUAGAAGGUUUAUUUGAAUCUGCGUUAGUUUUGGUAUGCAAAUGGUAAACAUAUCUCUGUAAAGUCUCCACUAUAUUAAAAUUAUAAUUGUUUACUUUGUCAAACUACACAAACUAUGGAUGAGUUAAUUACUCUAUUUCUCAUUCAAUAAUUACUUGAUUUUGAAUUUGGUUGCAAUUUCUACAGAGUGGCUCAUAAUUUUCUGACAGAAAUAAAUGUUUUAUAUUCAAAUUA